UUUUAAACAUGCAGUGCGCAUACGAGACUCAGUGUAUAUAAUCCAGCUCGUCGACUUUGGAAAUCAGUCAACUCGACAGUUCAACCGAGUAACUUACUAGCACCACAAUGAAGCUCUUCGUCGCUUUCGUUCUUCUGAUCGCCACGGUGAUGGCAGAACCACCAAGAUACCGUCCUCAACAACAAAGGCAAUUCUACUUUGCCAGGCAGCAGGAAGAAACCACCACUGUUGCUAGUGCACCUUAUGCACCUUCUGGAUGGAGAUCUCCUGGACCAGCCUUCAAUCUUCCCCCAAGAGAACCUCAGAGACAAUACGGAGCACCUAGCGCACCUCAACAGCAAUAUGGCGCACCUGCUGCUCCUCAGCAACUGUACAGAGCACCCAGUGCUCCUCAACAGCAAUAUGGAGGCCCUAGUGCACCGCAGCAGCAAUACGGAGCACCUGCUACUCCUCAGCAACAAUAUGGAGCUCCUAGUGUUCCUCAAUCACAAUAUGGGCCACCUGCGGUUCCUCAACAACAGUAUGGACCACCACAGGAAACUACUACUACGGAAGUGCCAGAUACUACUGAAGUAGAUACGGUUGCUAGUGUCACUGAGUCUGAGUCCGAGCCCGUCAACUCCGUGAACGAGCUCGAUGACGAAGAAGUAGAUGAACAACAGCCGCAGCAAUCUGGCGAGUACUACGUAGCUCUACCCGAUGGUCGUCUUCAACGAGUCCGCUACGUCAGCCGCCAGAACAUCGAAGCCAUGAAGUACUUCGCAAAGAUUCGUGCUGAAAACGUGGAACCUCUCCGUGGACCCAUCUACGCCUACGCUCCUCUCCAAAAAUUGCAAAUCGUGCCAGCUGGACUACAAGUGUCUGUCGCUCCAGUUGCACCGAUCGCAACACCAGCAGAAUCGAAACCGCAAAAAUUAGAAAUUCAACCGGUUGCUACACAAGUACAGUAUCAAUACGAUAAUCCCGCUGGAGUACUUCCAUUGGGCAGUGGAUCUUAUGCUACUUACACCGGACCAAGCGACUCUAGAUACUUUUUGACCUUACCGUAGGUCAAUUAGAGGACUUACUUGUGAAUUUAUUGGAUUUAUGCGUAAUUGUAGAUUUAUAAGUUGACGAGGACCAUGAGCGCCCAAUUUGAAAGUAGUUUUAAGAGAAUUGUAAAUAUUACGUACAUACGAGAUAUGGAUCGUAUUUUAAGUUACUUGCGAAAACAAUAAAGACGACGUUAACGAGCAA